AGCCGUCGCGGGUUGCCGGGCAGAGCCUGACGCCGCCAGCUCCUCGCUCCCCGCCCACUGCUCUCCUAAAGCGCUGGGCCUUCGCUGGCCGCACCGGCAGUCAUGGGCUCGGAGAUGGAGCCGCUGCUCCUGGCCUGGAGCUAUUUUAGGCGCAGGAAGUUCCAGCUCUGCGCCGAUCUGUGCACGCAGAUGCUGGAGAAGUCCCCUUAUGACCAGGCAGCUUGGAUCUUAAAAGCAAGAGCACUAACAGAAAUGGUGUACAUAGAUGAAAUUGAUGUAGAUCAGGAGGGAAUUGCAGAAAUGAUGCUGGAUGAAAAUGCUAUUGCUCAAGUUCCACGCCCUGGAACGUCUUUGAAACUCCCUGGAACUAAUCAGACAGGAGGGCCUAGUCAGGCCGUUAGGCCAAUCACACAAGCUGGAAGACCCAUUACAGGUUUCCUCAGGCCCAGCACACAGAGUGGAAGGCCAGGCACUAUGGAACAGGCCAUCAGAACCCCCAGAACCGCCUACACAGCCCGCCCUAUCACCAGCUCCUCCGGAAGAUUUGUCAGGCUGGGAACGGCUUCCAUGCUUACAAGUCCUGAUGGACCAUUUAUAAAUUUAUCUAGACUGAAUUUAACAAAAUAUUCCCAGAAACCUAAGUUGGCAAAGGCUUUGUUUGAGUAUAUCUUUCAUCAUGAAAAUGAUGUUAAGACUAUUCAUCUUGAGGAUGUAGUUCUACAUCUUGGAAUUUACCCAUUCUUACUGAGGAAUAAAAAUCACAUUGAAAAAAAUGCUUUGGAUCUGGCUGCCCUCUCCACAGAGCAUUCUCAGUACAAGGACUGGUGGUGGAAGGUACAGAUUGGAAAAUGUUACUACAGGUUGGGAAUGUAUCGUGAAGCAGAAAAACAGUUUAAAUCAGCCCUGAAGCAGCAGGAAAUGGUAGAUACAUUUCUGUACUUGGCAAAAGUUUAUGUCUCAUUGGAUCAACCUGUGACUGCUUUAAAUCUUUUCAAACAAGGCUUAGAUAAGUUUCCAGGAGAAGUAACCCUGCUCUGUGGAAUUGCAAGAAUCUAUGAGGAAAUGAACAAUAUGUCAUCAGCAGCCGAAUACUACAAAGAAGUUUUGAAACAAGACAAUACUCAUGUGGAAGCCAUCGCAUGCAUUGGAAGCAACCACUUCUAUUCUGAUCAGCCAGAAAUAGCUCUCCGGUUUUACAGGCGACUGCUGCAGAUGGGCAUUUAUAACGGCCAGCUUUUUAACAAUCUGGGGCUGUGUUGCUUCUAUGCCCAGCAGUAUGAUAUGACUCUGACCUCAUUUGAACGUGCCCUUUCUUUGGCUGAAAAUGAAGAAGAGGCAGCUGAUGUCUGGUACAACUUGGGACAUGUAGCUGUGGGAAUAGGAGAUACCAAUUUGGCCCAUCAGUGCUUCAGGCUGGCUCUGGUCAACAACAACCACCACGCUGAGGCCUACAACAACCUGGCCGUGCUGGAGAUGCGGAAGGGCCACGUUGAACAGGCAAGGGCACUAUUACAAACUGCAUCAUCUCUAGCACCCCAUAUGUAUGAACCGCAUUUUAAUUUUGCAACAAUCUCUGAUAAGAUUGGAGAUCUGCAGAGAAGCUAUGUUGCUGCGCAGAAGUCUGAAGCAGCAUUUCCAGACCAUGUGGACACACAACAUUUAAUUAAACAAUUAAGGCAGCAUUUUGCUAUGCUCUGAUUGUUCCUGAGACCACAUAUGUUCUUAUGAAGAGGCAUUAUGCAAGGGGAAAGAAGUACUAUGUCUGUGUAUGUAUGCAUAUAGUGUAAUACAUAUAUUUUACAAGCUUGUCCUUGAUAUUAGUGAAGGUGAUAUAUAAGGGUGACACAGAAUGUAUAAUGCAAAUUUCAUAGUAAUAGUAACUUUAUAAAAUAAUAUAAAAUACAGGAUUUAAACCUUUCUAAAUAGAUCAUGAAACUUUCUCCCACAUUAUAUAGUAGAUGUUUGUUUAUAAUGUUUACAAAACAUUUUGGUGAAUUCCCUCAAUGUUUUAUAAAUGUACAUUUUUUAAGUCCUUAAGCUGACUAUUAGCCAUCAUGUAGCUUAAGGAGUCUGAAAUCUGCCAUUAAAACUGCACCUUUAAGCCAGGUGUAGUAGCAUGUGCCUAUAGCCCCAGCUACUUGGGAGGCGGAGGUGGGAGGAUUAUAAAUAGAGACUUUCCUUUAGACUUUAAAAAUGUAUUUAAAACUAUUUUUAUUAAAUAUUUUGUGAUUUCCUAUUAAGUUUUAAAAUAAAUCAGUGUGUAUAACACCAUCAUUUCA